AUGUCGCUCACCCGCAACCCCCCCCCCCGUCGUUGCUCCGCGCGGCCUCGCACGCCGCUCGCCGCACCGGCCACAACCGCCCGUGCGCAAGCGCUCUCGCGCGCCCCGUCCACGCCGCGGCCUCGCACCCUCGCCCCCGCACGUGCCCCGGCCUCCGCCCGGCGCCCGCACCUGCCUCCCGCGCCGCCUACCACCGACGCUGCCCUGUUGCUGCGCUGCUACUGCCGCACUGCUCUGCUGCUCGCCGGCAACGCUGCUGCUGCUCCGCUGCCGUCCCGUGCAACCCUGCCCCAACACCCGUCCGCGCGGCCCCUCUCCAGCGCCGCCUCGCCGCCUCUCCCUAUUGCUCGUCGUCCGGCCUGUCGCGCCGCCUCUAGCUACCCCGCGCCGCUACUCCCGCACCGGCCCACACCCCACUAG